GAGCUUUUCCCUUGGUGGAAAAAUACCUGUACCUUUGACGAAACAACAUUAUCGGAAUUCUCCCCCAAAAUAGUGCCAAUGUAGUGCCAAUCGGUUGUUGUUUUUAUUUAUAUACCCAUAAUCGCAACGAGAAACAAAACCUUUUACUUAUCAUGCUAGAAAUAAGAGUAACAAGCAUUUGUUCCUAACGCAGUAAUACGCAGCCAAAGUGAAUUGUUCAAUCCUACACCUGGAUGAUAACGUGGAAAUGAACGCAUCGCUGAAAAACGAUAGCACCGAACGGAAGGGCCAUUUUUCAGCACGGAAACCAUUGAUGGAUUUAUUGUAGUGCCAUUUAUUACAAAAAUAUCAACGUAUACAACCAACAGCACAACAGCUUUUGCAACGCGCACAACGAAGAGAUUUUCCCUCGUGGGUGCUAAACCAUGAGCAACCGGGGCUCAGCAUGAAAUGGAGUACAGACAUCGGAACAGUGGGAUAGGGUUGUUCCAGUAUCGCAUUCAGUAUUAUCGAGACUACGAAGAGGGCACACUGCAACCGGCAGACGAUAGUUGCAUUUAUUUGAAGGAACUAGACCACUAUCGAACCAAAGCCAAAAUACCAUCGGAUCACGCACAGUCCAACCGGAAGCUGCCGCUAUGUUAUCCGGUCACCAAAACCGAAACACCGAAGCUCGAGACUGUCCCGCCAACCGAUUCCAACAAGAGUUCUUCCCACGAAAGGGCAGAGAUGACUGUUAGCGCACUUCCCGGAUCAGUCAAACUGGAAGGAUGGGGCCCAGAGAAAAAGGUCGUCAUCGAGAAAACGGAAAAAUCGUCCUUCGGGUUUAGUAUCGUCGGUGGAAAGGUCAAUGUGGGAGGUGAUGUUACAUCGGGAUUGUUUAUCAAAAGUAUCAUCCCGGACAGUCCGGCCGAUAAGUGCAGUGAACUGAAGAUCGGAGAUCGAAUACUAGCAGUGAACGAGAACAGUUUGGAGAAUGCUUCUCAUGAGAAAGCCGUCAAUUACAUUAAAACUGCCAACGAUCGCAUCGUCCUAGUCGUUCAGAGUUUGGAGCGCAACGUAAGAGAAACCAAUCCAAUGGUGCUCCAGAAGAAAGUUCCACCACCAGUAACUCCGUCGAAAACGCCCGAAGUGGAGUACAUACAAGAUGGCAAACCAAAGAAAGAAACCGUCGCAACACCGGCGGAGGACAACAAGACACUCACGGUUCCGAAAGCACGCCAAGAAUCUACCGAUUCGGAAAAUUCUUCAGACGACGAAGAAGAUAGCCGCGAGUUGGAGGGAAAAACAUUUACCAAAGCCGGUGUUGAGAUCGAUCGCGCCUCUGCCGGCAACACGAAGCUUGGUGAAGAAGAUCCCGAGGAGGAAGAUGACUAUGGCUAUACGAUGAAGAAGAUAAAGAAGCGUUACUCCGCCUUGGGCGAAGUGGACUGCUGUACGAUUUUGCGUGACAACAACGAAACAUGUGGUCUGUCUCUGUGCGGUCACCGCGACCGUACCCGCAUGGCUUGUCUUAUUGCUGGCAUCAAUCCGAAGGGAGCUGCAGCCGGAACAUCUCUGGUGGUUGGAGAUGAAGUGUUGGAGGUUAACGGAACAGUUCUGCACGGACGAUGCCAUCUGAACUGUUCGGUGAUCAUCAAAAAUCUUGCCAGUCCAACCCUGAAGUUCAUUGUGCUAAGGAAAAAGACAUCCCCGGAAGAGCUGGCGGUGAAACCGGUGAAACAUUUUCCCACCGACUUCGACUAUACCGAUAAUAUCAUGGAGAAAUUUAAGGACGUUAAAACAAUCACGGUGAAAAAGGGCACUUCCAGUUUGGGCAUUAUGAUCAUUGAAGGCAAACACUCCAUCGCCGGCCAAGGCAUAUUCAUAUCCGACAUCCAGGAAGGAUCGACAGCGGAAAAGAGUGGUCUGAAGAUCGGUGAUAUGCUGCUGGCGGUCAAUCGGGACUCGCUGCUAGGCUGCAACUACGAAACGGCAGCCGGAUUGUUGAAGAAGGCGGAAGGUGUCAUCACGCUAAAGAUAUGCAAUCCUAACAAAGAGAAGGAUACCGAUAAGAAGGCCAACGGUGAAGCGGGAGCCGGACCGGGAACGACCCCGAAUAAGAAAAAACCGGAAGAGAUGGCCACAUUAGCCGCUAGCCGUGCGGGUACACCGCACGGCACCAAGCCGGAAGCCUCGCCAACGAAAGAGGUUGUUGAUCCGUUGAAAGCACCGAUCAAUGAGAACGAAUUUACGGUGAUCGAUAUCCUGACCGAGGGUAAACCGUUGGGCAUCAUAGUAGCCGGUGGCUGUGAUUCAUUGGUGAAGUCUGGAGCUGCCGUAAUGGACAUUUUGCCCCAAAGUGUGGUGGAGAAGGAUAAUCGGCUGCAGAUAUUUGACCAGCUGGUAGAGAUCAAUGGCUUCAAGGUCAACAACACGUGUACCAGCGAAUCCAUCAAGCGUGCCAUCAAACAAUUACACCCAAAGGUUCGUUUGAUCGUUUAUCGUGCCAGCCCACCACCGACGGAAACCGUCGAGGUAGAUCUGAUGAAAAAAGCGGGCAAAAACCUUGGACUAACGUUCCGUGCCGGCAAUCCGAAAGGAAUCGUUAUCACUGGACUGGUACCUGGCGGAUCAGCUGAAUUCGAUGGACGCAUACAGGUGGGAGACGUAGUGUCGCAUAUCAAUGGCGACAGCCUGGAGGCGGGCGGUAUCGAACAGUGUGCCUCACUGUUGAAAACUGCCCAGGGCAAGGUGGGUCUGCGCAUUUUGCGACCGAAGCUAAAGGAACGAUCCGUUUAAGUCUUCUUCAACAGUAACAGUAUGGCAUCGUCGCUCGUAGGCGGGCGCGCGAGUGCUUUAGUGUGCAAUUGAUAAACCACUAGAGAUUUGUACAUAGAGAAUUGAAUGCUUGCAACAUAUGCUCACGUCACUCACACACGUACACUAUUGAUAUUUUUAGCCGAAUAAAUAUUCUGUUAUAGAAAUAGACAAA